AUGGCUGAAAGAGUCGAGAUGAUGAUGAUGCACUGCGAGCGCGUUUCACGAAAGUUUCAUGUUUAUUUACACGUUUAAACAAUCACCACGAGACUCCUUCUCGAGUGUCAACAGCCGUUGAGCAAUCGUCAUUCGAGCCAUGACGACGAAAACAUCGGUGGACCUGAGGGCAGAGCUCGCCGAGCUCGUCAAAAAGAAAGCUGACAUUGCCGAAACGCUGGCAAAUCUUGAGAGGCAAAUUUACGCCUUUGAAGGAAGCUAUCUGGAAGACACACAGCUCUACGGCAACAUCAUACGAGGAUGGGAUAGAUAUUUGGCGAGCAACAAAAACACAAACAGCAAAGCGGACAAGCGAAACAGAAAAUUCAAAGAGGCUGAAAGAUUGUUUUCCAAAUCAUCAAUUACGUCUAGUGCUGCCGUUAGUGGAUUGGUUGAAAAUGCACAGGAAAAAAUGGAACGAUACAGCGAAUCAGAAUCCCAAAUUGGAAACAGUGGCAGCGAGGACAACUGCAACUUUGGUAGUUCAAAUAGCUUAUCUUUGGGCAAUAACAAAGAAGUCAGUGGUAAAAACCACACGUCUGGCACAUCUACGGGGUAUGCCCAGAAUAAUGGUUCAAUAACCAGUACUGAUAGUAACGCCGCGUUUCCUGUGCAGUCAAACGGUCCGAUAUCAAACGGCAAUCUAGAUCACGUGUCGACGACAGUGAAAACUGAACACUCAAGUAGUAAAGACGUUAACAAAAGCCGACCAUCAAAUAGUGCUAAGAAAAGCAGUAACAAGAGGUCGAGGAACAGAUAGGGCUUGUAAAUUUGCCUGAGACUCUAUGGUCCUCCUUUUUUUAUCAUGAAAAUUUUUCCAGUAGGUCAUCAGCCAUCUCAUUUGCAAUCAUACAAAUAGCAAUCGUUUCUACGAAAAAUAAAUGUCUAGAGGGUCCAAGUGAAAGUUAAGUUUCAAAAGAUGAGUCUGUUAUUGUUAGUUGAAUUCAAUUUUUCGAUUCAUACUCGUGCCCAAUCAAAAAAGUAAACAUUCAUUUGUUGCAAUACGGAAUUAAAUUCAAAUUUUUUCUUUUUUAUUGACAUUAUUUUGCAAUUUGAAAAACGAUGAUUAAUUUUUGAUAUCGAUAUGUAAAAGCCGAAUCGAAUGCUAGUAGUUAUUAAAAAUUUAAGUUAUAACCCUCGCAAAAACUUGAAUGAAAAAUGUAACCAAUGAACUAUAGUAGAUGACUAGAUAGAAAAUGUCUGAUUUUGUGAAUAUCAAGAUCGAUCCUGAUAUUUUCAGUAUUUUUCAUUCUCCAUAAGAGAAAAAAUAGCGAGUCAUUGUAAUAAUUUCUUAAUAGUUUCAAUUGUUAGAUAGAUGAAAUUAGUUGUAUUUUUAUGGUUUCUUUUUUGAACAUUAUUUUCACACACUUUACAUUACCAUACAUCAAAUGAUAAAUGCUGUAAUUAAUAUUGUUCUACAGUCGAUAAAUUAUUAUACAUACAAUUAUUAUAUUAUACAACAUAUUUAUACAAUUUUAUUAAGACUUCACGCGUAUUUUAAUUCAAAUCAUAAGUAGUUUUCUGUUAAAAAUUUUACUGCGUAAUUUAAUGAAUGUAAGCCACCUAAUUUCUUUCAUUCCAUGUUAAUAUUUGUAAAUUAUAAAUAAUGAAAUGAAACGUGUUUUAGUUUAAUAGUAGGUAAGUAUGAAUUUCAAAUGAUAAAGGGGC